AAGGAAAAAGUAAAGUAAGGAGUAAGAAAAAGCGCGUUUGUUUGUUAGAAGAGGUUUUUCAUUAUAAGCUUUUUAUUAUAUUAUACACAACAGAACAAACAAAAACACAGAACAGAGGAAGAAGAAGAAGAUUGAGAAGUUAAUCGAUCAAUGAAUACGACGUCGUUUAUGGACAAACAGAUAAUGGAUCUGAAUUUACCUUCUUCUUCUUCUUCUACUUCUACUCCCAACAACGAUAUUAUCGACCUCAUCAAGCUUCGUCAUCACGAACAAAAACAACACGAAGAACAACAACAACACGAACAACAAGAAGAUGAAGAUUCGUCGAUUCAUCACAACAAUGGAAUCAAAACCGAAGAUAUUGUUCCUAGUUAUGAUUUUCAACCGAUUCGUUCACUUCCUGAUUUAUCGUUUUCAAAACCUUGGAACUCUGAUUCCAACUCCAAAAAUUACAGUUCUCUGGAUUCUUAUGAACCUGCAAAGGUGACUGUAGAAAAGGACCAGAGCGCUGUUGAUGCUUCAAUUUUGUUAGAGAUUGAUCGAACAAUGAAGAAACAUAUGGACAAUUUGCAUCAUGUUCUGGAAGGUGUUAGUGCACGGUUAACACAAGUAGAAACCAGAACUCACAAUCUUGAGAGUUCUAUGGAUGAUUUGAAGGUGACUGUUGGAAAUAAUCAUGGAAUCACCGAUGGGAAAUUGAGGCUGCUGGAGAAUAUUCUUCGUGAGGUGCAAACAGGAGUACAUGAUAUCAAGGACAAGCAAGAUAUAGUGCAAGCUCAGCUGCAACUGGCAAAACUACAAGUGUCCAAGACAGAUCAACAAUCUGAAACUCAAACUAGUGUCACAUCAGAUCCUGUGCAGCAAACUUCAUCUGUGUCUGCAUCUGCUCCCCUGCAAACUCAACAAUAUUUUCCUUCGCCUAUUAAUCUUCCACAAUCAAUUCCUGUGGUUUCUCCCCCUAAUGCACCUCCUCAACAGGGUUUGCCACCUCCAGUUCAACUUCCAAAUCAAUUCUCUCAGAUCCCAAACCCAACUGUACCUCAGAGAGAUCCAUACUUACCACCACCUAUUCAAUCUCAGGAAAUCCCAAAUCAGCAAUAUCAACUGCCUUUAACUCAGCAGCCACAUCCUCAACCAGGGGCACUUCCGCAUCAACAAUAUCAGCAGGCCCCUCAUCCUCAGUACUCUCAGCCAUCACCACAUCUACCUCAACAACAGCCACCACAUUCAUCCGGACCUCAUCUACCUCAACAACAGCCACCGCAUUCAUCCGGACCUCAUCUACCUCAGCAACAGCCACCGCAUUCAUCCGGAAAUCCACCUCAAAUGCAACCUUCACUAGGUCACCAUCUAGAGGAACCACCUUAUGUUCCUUCUCAGAAUUAUCCUCCCAAUCUCCGCCAGCCACCAUCUCAGUCACCCAGUGGACCUCCUCCACCUUCCCAACAGUACUAUGGGACACCGCCCCAAGGAUAUGAACCACCAUCGAGUAGAUCUGGUUCAAAUUAUUCUUCUGGAUAUGGUACAUUAUCUGGGCCUGCUGAGCCAUAUCGAUAUGGCGGGCCACCUCAGUAUGGUAGUAAACAGCCACAACUACCCACUGCUUCGGUGGCUUCCAGCGGUGGAAGUGGUUACCCACAGCUCCCUACUGCCCGCCCACUCCCACAAGCAAUACCUACUGCAUCUGCAGUAAGUGGUGGUUCCGGUUCAGGUUCUCCUGGAUCUGGUAACAGGGUUUCUGUCGAUGAUGUAGUUGAUAAGGUUGCUACUAUGGGAUUCGCUAGAGACCAUGUGAGGGCAACAGUUCGGCAGCUGACAGAGAAUGGUCAAUCAGUUGACCUAAAUACAGUGCUGGAUAAGCUUAUGAAUGAAGGUGGUGGUGAAAUGCAGCAACAAAGAGGUUGGUUUGGUAGGUAACAUGGCAUUAAUCAUUUGAACUCUGUAUAGAAGUAUCACUUGUUUUGUGGUGAAGGUUUAUGAGGAAGGGGUUGCGCCGAUUGAUUGACUCCUUGUUUUUGCCAUUUGUUCUCAUUUCUUGGAUAGUUUAACUGUUAUGAUUUCUUGUGGGUCUAAUUAAUGAUUGAUUAUCUUGAUCUUCUGCUGUAUAUUUUCAAUAAAUAUAAGUGGAUUUGGUAAGUAACUCUGAACUUUACAAAUUUCUGUCGUUACCGGAUUUGCUGGUUAGUUUCCAUGUUAUCUUUUAUUUGAGUUGAUA